AUGAUCUCAACAACAUCCAGCACAGCAGAGAUGGUUACUCAGGGCAAACUUCAGAUCAGCGCAGAUAACGUUGAAGACAAAAACACAAGCAGACAGGGAUGUUUUGGCUGGCUGUUGGUCAUCAUAUCCAUGGUCUUUAUCGCGGCAACCUUCCCCAUCACACUGUUCAUGUGCAUCAAGAUAGUGAAGGAGUAUGAACGAGCAGUCAUUUUCAGACUGGGCCGGCUCGCCGACAGGAGGCCCAAAGGCCCAGGACUUUUCUUUGUGUUGCCCUGCACUGAUAACUUUGUAAAAGUUGAUCUGAGGACGGUGUCCUUUGACAUCCCUCCACAAGAGAUCCUAACCAAAGACUCUGUGACAGUGUCUGUGGAUGGCGUGGUGUACUUCCGCAUCCACUGCCCCAUCUCAUCCGUGGCCAAUGUGUCCAAUGCUCACUCAAGUACACGACUGCUGGCUCAAACCACUCUGAGGAACGUCCUUGGUACCAAAAAUCUUGCAGAGCUUCUAUCUGACAGAGAAGGCAUUUCUCUCAGUAUGCAGGAAUCCCUGGAUGAGGCCACUGAUCCAUGGGGCAUCAAGGUAGAACGUGUAGAGAUCAAGGACGUGAAACUGCCUCAACAGCUGCAGAGAGCCAUGGCAGCAGAGGCCGAGGCCACCCGGGAGUCCAGGGCUAAGAUCAUAGCUGCAGAAGGAGAAAUGAAAGCCUCCCGGGCUCUGAAAGAAGCCGCUCUGGUGAUCGCUGAAGCCCCGUCUGCCCUCCAGCUGCGAUACCUGCAGACUCUGAACAGCAUUGCAGCAGAGAAGAACUCCACCAUCAUCUUCCCUCUGCCCAUAGAUAUGUUGCAAGGUUUCAUGCAGAAGAAGUGAUGCUUAGCAGUAGCACAGUUCCAUUUAAGCUCAACUUAGACCGCUUUGCAUUGAAAUUAGCGUUACGUCCUUAUUAGAACUGUUGAUGCUUCAGCAUUGCUCUGAUAUUGAGCCUGCCAUGGGGCCACAUGCACAAAACCCAUUGUUUUUGCUAGAUUUUUACAGAUAAAUAUGGUUCUUUUUUUUGUAACUCUCAAUCACCAAGGUAUCGGUUAAGCCUGACGUCUCUGGCAUACCGAUGAAA